AAGAUUUUCCAGGGAGCGGAGGAGAAGACACGUAAAUUUCAUCUCGGAACGGCCCCUGUUUUGGUCCUUGCUGCUGCGAUUGGUGGAAACGGGCUGGGCAAGGCCACGCACAAACGGUGGCAAAGAUCACCGAACUACGCACCCAGCGCGUCGUUUGCCCGUCGGUGGUGCGAUGCAGAACUCGGCCCAUGAGGAACCGGAAGAAGAUGGCAACCGAAACAUGGUCUCCAAUAUGCCGCUGCUGUUUGCGGACGGCUAUCCUACCUCGCUGGACCGCAUCAGCGAGACGCAGCUGGAGAAGUUCAUCCCCUUCAUGGUGCAGUGUUCGCUCGGGCACAUCGAAAUCAGCUCGACGCCCACGGAGUACCAGCAGCCGAUCUGGUGGCCAAAGGAGGUGGAGUUCACUCGCCCGUUUAAAAGGCCGAAAUCCUUCCGGGGGAACUGGCUGCAGAAGAUGCGUGAAAUCGUAGUGCUCUGUUACUCGCACAAUGCCUGCGUUUACCUGUUGCGGUACUGCAACGAUCUGGCAUCGUACCAGCACACGUCACUGCGCUUCAUCAACAACUACAACUCGACCACCUCGCUGUACGAGCGCUCGACCAACAAGCUGCUCGUCACCUUCCGCAACGAGAACAUGCUGUACGAUCGCGAACAGAUCACCAGUCGCAAGUGCCUUCUGCCGAAGCAAUCGAGCUCGCUGUCGCUGUCGGAGGAGGCUGCUCUAGAGGAAAUGGUUAUAUCGGCUAGCUUCGAUAUCUAUCUCUGCGAUAACUGCGACGCCGAGCUGUACUCGUACGGUGCCAUGGUGGAACACGAGAAAGUUUGUCUGAGCGAAGAGCAGCAGCAUCAAAACGGAGAUACAAGCGAUGAUGACGACGUCAUAUUCUGCGGCGAAUUCAUCGAAGAGAACCUACCCAUCGGAUCGGCUGCGCGAGAACGGGCCGAGCUGCAGAAGAAGCAAGUGUUUCUUGGGCAGAACUUUGCCCUCUGCACUGCUGCAUCCAACAGUGAGGGAGCUACAACAAACGGUGGUGGUGGUGUUGGUGCUGUUGCUGCCUCGAUAUCAUCGGAAGAAUUCAAGCCAAUGGAUACGGUAGUUCGGGGGAAGAAUGCAUCACGACUAGCGAGGCGCACGCGCGGUGUACUCACACUGGCCAAGAGUGCCCUGAUUCCGCUCUCAUCGCCGGCCGGUGAGUAUCUGCUGAAAACGACGAAAGCGACCACAUCGGACGAGUAUGUGAUGGAGCGGCUGGAGCGCAUGGAACGAUUUUGCCAUGCGCCGCCACUUCCGCCUGGUAUCACUGGGCCACUCAUUCGAAGGUGCGCCAGAACCUCUACCAGCGGAGAACGCGAUACACCGUUCGUGCUAGACCGGCGACUUCCCAAGUGGUUGCUGCAGUUGAGGGCGAAACCGAACGGCGGCCCGACGGUGCCAGUCACCUACAAACGGUCACUGGAUGAUCCGGGCGAACCGUACCGUCUGUACAAAUUUCCCCGGCGCCAGCUGUCCGAUCGUUGCCGACGGGAGAACUAUCUCUUCUACAACAAGCCACUGCUGCAGCGAUGUCGGCCUUGUGUGGUAGUACUGGAAAGACUGACAAGGGAGCAGGUCGAAACCAUGUCGAUGCUACCUCUGGCGGAGCGGUUGCAGCGCGAAACGGAACAAGCGUUGGCCGAGCGAAAUCGAUGGAAAGAGCUCGCCGAGCGGGCGACCAUCAUCGACAGUAUCGAUCUCUGCUCAUCGGAUGAUGAUCAGGAUGACGAUGAUACGCUUGAUCAGGAGAGUGCCGGGCUAGAUGAAGGCUUCGAGACGGAUGCGAUGAACUACGAAGCUAGCAAUAUGCUCCACCCAACCACCCAUCUCGAGGUACAGAUUGAGCAGCGUUGGGACGAGCGUAUGGAGAACUUCAAUGGAAAUAGCAACGACGUAGGCAAUGAAGAAGAAUAUGAUGAUGAUACUGCUGCUACUGCUGUUGAUAAUGACGACGACGACGACGACGACGAUGUGCAGAUGAUUGUGCAGAGGGAAGAGGAUAGCUAUCCAGUACUAGUACCACCCGUGGUCAACUAUGGACGAUAUUACAAGCCAAUUCAACGACGGAGAAAUAUAGAGGUCAACUCGGUUAGUUCACUAGACUUUAACCCGACUUCAACGUUCGUACCUAGCACGCUGCUGAGUGACAGUACGAUACGCCUGAAUCAGGCACUGUUCACCGACUACUGCAAUGGGGAAACGUUUGACGACGAACUGCAUACGAUUGCCAACAGUAUCCCUAGUUACAAGUAUGCCAACGGUAGCAAUGCCACCGCGAUGUCGGUGUCAAGUAGUGUACCCAAAGCCACCGCCAAUAGAGAGCUGAAGGAAAAUCGGUUGAUUAACGGUCGCUGGUUGCACAGUAGUAGCUUACCCGUACAGCAGCGCCCUAAUCAGCAACAACAGCAGCAGCAGCAGCAUUCAUCGGGAUUCUUAAGCCAAGGUUCAGGCGCAAAUCAGGGACACUCCGUGUCGAGAGCACUGUUAGCCACUCCACCACUAGCAUUUAACGGUGCGGUUCCACGCGUUAGUUUACACACGAACGGAAUCGUACACCAAACGGUAAGCACGACCACGACGUUCGUCAAUCAAUCGGUAAGAAAACGAAUGUCCGUGCCUAGAGCUAGUGCCACUGUGGAGACCGCCAAUGCCGGACACACUUUAGCCGGUGCAAAUCUCCAGUAGAACAAUUGAAACCGCUCCGACGAGCAAACCAUGUGCAAGUACCUCAUCUGGUGGCUCAUCUGGAGUAGAAGCAUGUAUAAAACCCCUGCUCCAGCUGCAGUGCAACGAAGCUUUAGAAGAAUUCAGAAAGGAAUAGAAGCAUCGCAUACUAGUAAGGAUCUCCCGCCUCAAUCUGAGCCAAUCUCGUGACACGAUUUAUCCGUCAUGCCGGCCGUCGCUCUCUGAUCUGUCUCAAUUGCGCUUACCGCCUCUCUAUCUUCGUACGAUCGAGGUUCGCACAAAGGGCGCAGGGAUGGUUUUAUGAGGCGUCUGCUGCUCCGUACACAUCAUUCCCUAACUGAAUGAGACUGUUGACUGGACGGAGACUGCGUGUACUCGUCUUUGUGUAAGAUCGUUUUAAGCAAUUUUUUCGCCAUGGGUAUAUCUCAUUUUUUCUACCUUUUUUUUUGGACUCGUUUCCCGAAUCGAAGAAGUUAGUUGUUUAUGGCAGUUUCAUAAAUCGUGUAAAUACAUAUGAAAUCGCAGCUACAUCGCAUCACGCGCCACGCAGAUGUCGUAGCUGUUGUAUAGAAAAAUGUCAGACUCCUACAAGUACAGGCAGUAAAUUAUUUAUCGAUUAAGAUAAUACAAACGACAAGAUGAUUAAGAACAGCGAGAGAUGUUGUACAUAUCUGAUGUCGGUUAAGCUUAAUA